AUGCUUGCCGCCCUGCUCUGUUUGCGCAGCAAAGGAAAAUGCCCCAACUGUCGUAAGAUGCAGAAGCAGCUUGAGAAGUGGGAGUCUGGUAAGCUGAAGCCUGUUACUCCAGACAUGGCCAAGGAGAGUGAGGCACACAAUGGGUUGUCCUCGCAAGACAAUGCCCCCUCUGAGUUGGAUGUCGAACUGGGUGGCGCACAUGAGCAUGAGGAGAGCAAAAAGCCAUCGACUUGGCAAAAGGUAAAGAGCAAUAUCUUGCGCGAUAAAAAGCCGUCGGACACAACGCAGAAUCCGUAUGUCGAGCCUGAAGCUAAUCGCCCCUUCAGCGCCGCUGAGGGCGACACAGUUCACAACUACCCAGAUAAUUUGCUCCGAGUCUCGCCAGAAGCGCCGAGGGUAGAGUACGAACCUAACACCUUUCUCACAGUACCUGAAGCCUAUCGCUUCUCAGGCUCCUCCUUCUACUCUUCCCCUACAGGCAUCCAGCGCGCCAACGGCCGCGAAUCACGCGUCUUUGCCGAGGUCCCAGUCGCCCAGCCCAAGCGCUACACGGCUGACGGAAACCAGGAAAUCAUGCUCGCUCGGGAAGCUCUUCAGUCCGAAGAGUACAAGCGAGCGGAGACGAUUAUGAAGCGCGGGACGGCUAGGGAUAGUGUGAUCCACCGCGCGACGAGCAUCGUUAAUCUGGCGGAUCAACAGCUUAAUGUUGCGCGCCAUCCGUCUUUGUAUCCCGAGUUUCGUGGCUCGGAGCCGCCUGAGCAGUAUGAGAUGGUUGAAUGGCGUAAGGGGGGAACAAGGGACUUUGUUUAAAUGAUGACCU